AUGGCACGACUGUUUAUGGCAAUCAACCUGGGACAUCUGGAUGUCUUGGACGAAGUGCUUAACGAACCCAAAGUAAUACAGGACCUGCUGAGUCUAAGGGCCUUCGACGAGCACCCGCUACACUCUGCUUGUAGCAUUUCCUCCAUUGAUGUUAUCAAACGGCUUCUACGAGUCUCCGCAGUCGGCCUGAAUGCUUGGCCGGGCAGCCCCCAACGACACUGUCUCAACGAUGCUGCAAGAAACCACGAACGACCCGAAGUCACAUCGUUCCUACUGGAAUCUGGUGCUAAGUGGACACCGCCAAAUAGUGUGUACUGCAGGCCAGUUUUAACUGCAAUCGAACAUGGAAACCCAACGGCCGCAAGGAUUCUCAUCGACGCGGGCUUACCUUCAAACUUUGACGACAUCUACUGGGACAUAGCAUUGAAGAAUCUAUGCAACCGUGUAAACCGCAGCUCGGUAGACAUGUCUGUAAUCGAAAACCUCGUCGAUCUGAUCCCGCUGGCACAUCUGUUAGAGGCAUCCGUUAAGACUGGGUGCAUUGAUAUAGUCGAAUACCUACUGAAAACACAGCGCGACAGAAUUUCAGAAGUGAUGUCUACAAUCAUGUCGUUUGUAGAUUAUGAAUCUUCUCACUCUCCCGCACUCGAUAUCGUCAAGCUGCUAGCUGCCGCCGGCGCACCAUUUUGCCUUCUAUCCGAUACGCGGCUAUCAACGCCAGCGCACCGCGCCGCCGCUAGGGGUGACAAGGCCCUUUUGGAAUACGUUUACGACAAGCCACUGAAAGGCAUGACUCCAUAUAGGUAUUAUAAUGAUUUAUUGGCUGUAUCAGGGACCCCUGAGAUUCUGCAGCAUCUCCUCGACAUAGGUUUCGACGUGUAUACUCUAGACGAACGAGGCUAUCCACCGUUGCUCCAGAUGUUAGGGGACUGGAGCUGGGAGUUAAAAGACACCUCUACGUUUAUCGGCUUACUUCGGAUACUUCUAGACUGUGGCGCCGACCCCAGCUUUACUGCAAUUGAUUGCUCAACUGCUGUGACACGCUGCUUUUGGUUUGACCAUUAUGGAGAGUCCUACGCCAGACCAUUGGAGAUUUUUGAGCUUCUUUUUGAGCAUGAACGGCGCCAUAGUUGA